UGCUUCCUUUUUCCAUCAGAUGGCUGCCAUGUUAGAUAUACGUGCACGAGCAUGCAUCCGCAUUUUCUGCACAUAUGUAUCCCAUGUAUUUAUAAAUAUCAAUGUCUUUUGGUGAUUUUGCACUUCACUUUGGACACUGAUACUAUGGCUAGUAAAGCUUUCAAUGGAGGGAGACAGUUGCAUGUAGUGAUGUUUCCUUGGCUUGCCUUUGGGCAUAUGAUUCCCUUUCUUGAACUCUCAAAAUUCAUAGCUGGGAAAGGCCACAAAAUCACCUUCAUUUCUACCCCAAGAAACAUUGACCGCCUCCCAAAACUUCCUCCCGAUUUGGUUUCUUCCAUAGCUUUCGCGAAAAUCCCACUGCCAAAGCUUGAAGGGCUCCCAGAAAACGCCGAGGCCACCAUGGAUGUCCUGCCCGAGGAAGUUGAGCAUCUCAAGAAGGCGUAUGAUGGGAUGGAGGAUGACCUGACACAGUUUCUUGAGAACUCCGAUCCUGAUAUCAUCAUAUAUGAUUUUGCUCCACACUGGUUGCCGGCAAUUGCAACCAGGCUCAGAAUUUCACGCUUCUUUUUCUGCAUAUUCAACGCCUGGUUCUUUGCUUUUCUUGGAAAUACAAAGGCCAUGAUCAACGGAUUAGACGAUCGGACCAGACUCGAGAAUUUCUUGGCUCCACCAGAGUGGGUAACAUUUGAGACUAAGGUGGCUUACAGACUCUAUGAGGCGGACCUUAUUUUGUGCGCAGCUGUAACGAACGCUUCGGGCUUUUCAGAUUUCUAUCGGGCUGGAAAGGUAAUUGCCGGAUGCAAUGCCAUGAUUAUAAGACACUGCAAUGAGUUCGAGUCCAAAUGGUUGAAGGUGCUGGAAGAGCUUCACCAGAUAGAGGUGAUCCCACUUGGACUAAUGCCACCACAUGUUCAAGACACCAGUGACAGUUCAAAUGAAGCAUGGGUUUCUAUCACGAACUGGCUUUGCAGCCAAAUCAAAGAGUCUGUGGUGUAUGUUGCACUUGGAAGCGAAGUGGUUUUGAGUAGAGACCAAAUAAGUGAAUUGGCUCACGGGCUAGAACUUUCUGGGUUGCCUUUUCUCUGGGCAUUCAGAAAGCCCGCCGGGUCUCGGGAGGCUGAUUUUGAGCUGCCGGACGGGUUUGAGGGAAGAAUCAAGGGUCGAGGAGUUGUGUUGAAGAAUUGGGCACCUCAGUUAAAAAUUCUCGGCCAUGAGGCAGUGGGUGCCUUCUUGACUCACUGCGGCUGGAGUUCUAUAGUAGAGGGUCUAACAUUCGGCCACCCCCUUAUCAUGCUGCCGUUUGUGAUAGAUCAAGGGUUGAAUGCCCGAGUUCUGGCUGAAAGACAGGUGGGCGUAGAAAUACCUAGAAAUGAGCAAGAUGGGUCAUACACAAGAAAUGCAGUGGCUCAGUCUCUGAGAAGGGUGAUGGUCGAAGUUGAGGGGCAGAAGCUUAGAGACACGGCUAAAGCAAUGAGCAUACUGUUUGGAGACAGAGAACUACAUGACCGAUAUCUACACAAUUUCGUUGAGUAUCUAGAGAAACUUGAAGACAAACCAUGACGCAGAAUUGAUCGCAAUGAAUGUAGUGGUUAUGUUAUCCAAGGAAACUGGGACCAGAAAUAAAGGUAAAGUUUGAAAGUGGAGGUUGAGAGCAGCAGAGCUCCAACUCUAUGCAAUAAUUUGGAAGAUGAAAACUGAUAUGAUAUCAACACCCUUCAUUGCAGUGUUCUACUGAGAAUGGAAGAUAUGGUCAAGAACAUAUAAAACUUACUUUCCGAUUUCCUAUUUAA